ACCUGAAAGUGCAGUCGGAGAGGUGAAGCACAGCUCAGGUGUCAGAGUCCGCUCAUAAACGGAUCAGCUGAGUCACCAGGUGUGGAGCUGGUUCCGAUUCAGGUCGCCUCCAUUUGUCCCGAACCCGUUUCACCUUUCCUCACCUGUCCCCCCCUCACCUGCCGGGGCCGACUGGGCUGAAAGAGCUGCUGUUUGAAAAGGAAGGUGACGUGGCGCAAAGCUGUUAUUUUUAAGUUCCUGCUUCUGCCAGCCAAAUCCGGCAGCAUCAGUUCUGUCCGAGUCCAAAACCCAAACGACUGCAUUCACCUUCUCCAUGAACAGAAGCAACAUGGAGUCCACAGGAGAAAAACACGAAGAAGAAACAUCCAGGGUCGUUUUGGGAGAUGACAACUCUGAAACCAGCCACCAAGAUGCUGCAGAUGAAAACAUUUCUACUACAAGAACCACGACGACAGGUCCAUCAUCCGUUCACUUUACUUUUCAGCAGACAUGUCGUCCAGGACCACCAGGAAAUGCUGCAUCAGAAGCGUGUAGAAAAAAGUCUUUCUGUACCAUCAUCGCAAAUAAAAGAAGACGAAGAAAUGGGUGGAAGAGAAAGUGGUUUCAUGGCAAUUCCAGAUAGGGACUCGGGUGAGGAGGAAGGAAGAGUAGAAACACCUGCUGUAGAUGAGGAGGGAGGGAUCCAGGAGCUGUCUGAAAGAGAGACAACUGAGGAAUCGGAGCAGAAACCGUUAACACCCAGCAGCACGAGACCAGUCCCGCCCAGCAGUCUGAAUCUGACUGGGGAACGACAAAUGAAGAAGAAAGUGCUGGCAGCUCCAACUCUGAGUGUGUCAUUAGGAGGCAGCGAGUCGAUAAAGUCUGAUGACCUACAGUCCACCUUUCUCUCCCCGUCACCUGAGGAUGCAGAGGACACGGCACUGGAUUUUGAUUUGGACGCCUUGGAGACGCCGUCCGACAGCGAAUCCCUGCACUUACCCCUCCAUGACCUGGAUCUGGAAGAUGACAUGCGGCGCCUCGGUGUGGCCUCCCAUCGCCUCAGAGUGUCUGAGUCCAGAUCCAGGUCGGGCUCUGGAGCUGGUUCUCUACCCGGGCCUGACCAGUUUGGACUGGGACCCUUGGAAAAGGAGGAUGUGGUGGACGGCAAAGGCACCAGGUGGCGCUGUUUCACAACAGGUGACCCUCCUCAGGAGUCGAGGGUCGACAUGAGCGUCCUGGAGUCUUAUCUCAGAGUUCUGUCACACGGAGGUUACUAUGGAGACAGUGGGGAUGACAUCAUUGUGUUUUCCUCCUGUUACCUCCCGGAGAACAGUCUGGAAAACUACCAGUAUGUGAUGGACAACCUCUUCAGGUUUGUCAUCGGGACUCUGGAGCUGAUGGUGGCAGAAAACUAUGUGAUAGUUUAUCUCUGCGCUGGAGGGCAGAAGGAAAAACUCCCAGGAAUCGGCUGGCUUAAGGAGUGUUACACCACCAUCGACCGCAGGUUAAGGAAGAACCUGAAGGGUUUCUAUGUGGUCCAUCCCACCUGGUACACCAAAAUCAUCGCCACCAUUAUCAGACCCUUCAUCAGCUCCAAGUUCAGCAGAAAGCUUCAGUUCGUCAACACGCUUCAGGAGCUUUCUCUCUUUGUCCCCACUGAGCAUGUGCAGAUCCCAGACUGCGUCCUACAGUAUGACCAGGAGCAGUCCAGGUGAAGCUCAGCCUGAACAGAUCAAAACAUUUCUCUGUAUUUAUUGUUCCUGCAGACUUCCAGUUUCAGGAUGAGGAUUACAAAAUCUUAGUUUUUAAUCUUGUAAACAGUGUUGAUGGAAGCUGCAGAACUAUACAUUUCAAAUUUCAUAUUUUCAUUUUAAAAAGAGAAGAACAUAAUGCAAAUUAACUAUGAACACAAGCUGCCUUAUUUUACAAUUUUUUUUUGAAUUUUUUUAAACUUAUUUUUUGUCUAAAAAUUUUACGAGCAAAGGUGCUGAGACAUCACAUAAUAGAUUUUAAAAAUGGUGAUUCAGCUGCUGUAAAAAUUAGGAACCAUUUUUUUAAAAAUCAUGUGAAUCACCAUUUUAAUAAGAAUUGAAGUAAAUGAGAACUACAUACAUUUAGAUUUUUUACAUGUUCAGUCAUUUUCUCCAUAACCUGGUGGAGUUGGUCUUUUUUUUGUUUUUCUUUUUUUUGUUUUUGUUUUUUUCCUACACAUUCAGUGUUAUGAACAAAUUUUCAUUCAUCAAACCCAUCUGGAUAUGUGGGUGCUUAUUUUUUUCUGAUCAAUAAAAUUUUAUAGAAAUGCUUGUUAAA